CAUUGAACAAGAAGUUACAACACAAACUUUCACUUGUUUCUAUCUUCUCUCUCUCUCUCCCCACCGUUUGUAUCUUUGUGGGAUUGUCAACGCUCUCUGAAAGAGGAGCUCAAGAAGCUUCUUUAUAUACUCACUUUUCAAUUGUAUGUGCUCCGCUUCACCGCUCUCCUCCACUUCAAGAAUUGUCUUUCUUGAUCUUCCCAAAAACAUGGGAUUCUCAGCUAUGAAAAGAAAAUCACGAGAACGAGAUGAAGAAGAAGAAGAAGACUAUAAUACAGAUACAGUAGUUACCUUAUCUGACCUCAACGAGGACGUCCUCGAGAGAGUCCUCUCAUGGCUACCAACCUCAUCUUACUUCCGCAUGACCUCCGUCUGCAAGAGAUGGAAGUCCACCCAAACAUCAACAACCUUCAAGCUCGCUUGCUCUCAAGUCCCUUCUCGAGACCCUUGGUUCUUCAUGAUCUCUAACGACUCUUCCACUUCUUCCUCUUCCUCUUCUUUCGUUUACGAUUCCACAGAUAACAGCUGGAGAAACCUCAACCGUUCCCUCCUCCACGACCGUCGUGAUCUCUUCACCCCCGUAGCUUCCUCAGCCGGAUUGCUCUGUUUUCGCUGCUCUGUUUCAGGUGGCUUCCUCCUCCGUAACCCUUUCACAGGUUCCUCUCGUGAGAUUCCUUGUCAAAACUAUAACAAAACUCUCCAAGCCGUAGCCAUGACUACUAUCACUCCCUUUAGCUACAAGCUUGUCACAAUCUCCGGCGACAUACCAAAUCUCUGUUUCAAGUUCUACGAGUCAAGUUCUUGUUCAUGGAGCAAAGAGUUUGAGUUAGUGAAGAAGAGCAAUACAGACGAUGAUGAUGAAACAGGAACAGUCUACUUUCUUAGCAAGACGGGAAACGUUGUCGUAGCAGCGAGUAACCAUCUCCAGAGAAGCCCAUCGAAGCAGUACUCUUCAGUUAUUACCGUUAAAGACAACGUAGAAACAGUCUACUUUCUUAGCUCUCACGGAACCAUCAUAGCUUGCGACCUCACCAAUAGAACCUUCACUCAUCUCCCCAAGCUUCUUCCUCCGUUUCUCGAGUAUUCCAUCGACUUGGUGGAAUGUAACGGAACCAUGUUCGUGGUUCUUCUCUCUGAGUUUUACGAAAGCGCCAGCUUGAGGAUCUGGAAGCUAGAGAAACAGAGCUGGGUUCAUGUCGGGAUGUUGCCUCCUUCCAUGUCUCAUGAGUUGUACGGGAGAAACGGUGACAUAAACUGCGUUGGAGGAGAUGGAGACAAGAUACUUGUGUGCUUUAAUGGGAAUCUUCCAGAGGAGUGUUAUAGAUACUUUGUGUAUGAUUUAGUUAAAGAAGAGUGGAGUGAGUUGCCAAGAUGCUUUAACGAUGGAGAAGCUGUGGAGUUUGUUUCAGCACUCUCGUUCCAGCCUCGGAUAGAAGCAACAGUUUGAAGUUUUGGUUUUUCAUUUUUUAUGGAUUAGGUUUCAGUGAUUGUUUUGUUUGUGUAUUCUUUUGAGUAUAAUGUGAUGUAACUUGAUUUUAUAUUAGCUAUACAUGACAA